UCGUUACACUAUAUGUAUGACGCACUGGAUAUCGUUACAUUACAUGUAUGUCCUACUGGAUAUCGUUAUACUUCAUGGAUGCAUGACGUACUGAAUAUCGUUACAUUACAUGUUUGCAUGACGUACUGGAUAUCAUUACACUACAUGUAUGACGUACUGGAUAUCGUUACACUACAUGCAUGAAUGACCUACCGGAUUCCCUUUACACUUCAUGCAUGCAUGACGUACUGAUGUCGUUACAUUACAUGCAUGCAUGACGUACUGAAUAUCGUUACACUACAUGCAUGUAGGACGUACUGGACAUCGUUACAUUGCAUGCAUGUAGGACGUACUUUAAAUCGGCACACUACAUGUAUGCAUGAUUCAUUUAAAAUUUUACAAUGCAUGCAUGUGUGACAUACACAUUGUUACACUACAUGCAUAUGACGUUCUGGUGAUCGUUAAAUUCCAUGUAUUCAUGAUGUACCAAAGAACGUCACACCAAAUGUAUAUUUGACAUCGCCACACCAUCUUCAUAUAUGACGAACCUGCCAGCGUACAUACAUUGUGACGUACAAUAUUAAAUAUCAUCACAAAUCCUACCUUAUAACAACCAUUUCGUAUUCUGUUGACGCCAAACACAGUGUCGUGACCCGAUCUACCUUAUCCACAGUGUGAUGACGUAAGCUACAGUACCUGCAGUGUUAUGACCACAAAUACAACACAGCUUCUCGAAGGAGUGCCUACCGUAUUGGAUGUGACAUUUCUGGCCUACUAUUACGGAAUGUUCCUCUUGAUUGCUUGUGUCAACCUGCCGGGCAACAUCCUCGUCAUCGUGACAGUACUGCGCCAUGAACCACUACGUCAACCUUGCAACUACUAUAUCAGCAGCCUUGCAGUGUCGGAUCUCAUUCUGGGUGUUGUGUACCCACUAUACAAUAUAUCGCACAUUGGAAUACCAGCUAUAACAUGCCCUCUAGGAAAAUGGUCCGUGUGUCGAAUCCUGGUGUCCCAGGUCCUGGCCCUAGAAAUCUGCUCUUCCUAUCACUUAGUGGCCAUCACGGUGACUCGCUACAUCGCUAUCGUCCACCCUCUCCGCUACCACCACAUCAUCACCGCAAGGAGCACUGCCAUCUGCAUCCCUAUCAUCUGGAUCCUCUCCCAAGGCAUAGCGGUGGCACAGUAUACAUUCUAUGAUCCAGUUGACUACAAGGGCAUCUGCCAGUAUGAACUCAUCUUUUCCCUGCAUCAUGUCGGGAUCCUGUUUGUAAUCCAACUCUUCCUUCCUCUCUGUGUCAUGGUGGGGCUCUACUGCAAGAUUGCCCGGAUCGCCCGCAGGCAUGCGAAGGUUAUGUCGCUACAUGUGCCGCCACGACCCUCUCCAUGCCGGAUAUCGUUCAACAGAUCCAGCAGUAUCUUUGGUCGGGAGGUCAAAUCCACCAUCAUGGUGGCCAUCCUCCUGUUCAGUUUCGCUGUGGGCUGGACACCAAUGGUCAUCUACUUCUUCGUCAGUAUUGCGUGUGAAACCUGCCACAUCAACCAUUAUAUCAGAGCCAGUGCCCGUAUUCUGCUGUACAUGACGUCAGCUACCAACAUCUUCAUUUACGCUGGUCGUCUCGGUGACUUCAGAGAGUUCAUACGCCGUGAUCUGAGGAAGACAUUCCACUGUGUAGUGAGCAGGCUUCGGAGGAACACAAACUGACGGAUUAUGGAAUGUACCCUGUGAUCAUAUCACCAGCUACACAAACCGUUUCCUCUAACGUCCUCGAAGACAUUAAACAGUUGAUAUUUAAGAAA